CCCAAGCAAGAUUGUCUCCCUAGUUUAUUCCCAAGUUUUCUCCCCUAACAAUUUUUCCAUUCGCCGGAACUCAAAAAAUGGGCGGUGAAGGCGGCGAUGGCGAAGUACGUCCGACCAGAAGCAGCAGUAGUAGUAGUAGCGGGGAAGAAGACGGUGACGCCAAUUGGAAAGCCGCCAUAGAUUCAAUCGCCUCUGUCACAAUCCCUUCAACAACAAAAGAUACCAGCUCUUCCCGUAACGACGAUACCAAAUCGCGUGAGAUCAAGCACUACCAAAUCAAGGCAUUGAAGCUUUUGGAGGAGAUGUUAGAUAAGUCAAUUGAAGUUGUGAGUGAUCCAACUGAAGACGUGAUAAGUAUUGAUCAUGUAGUUGAAGAGAGUGGAGUUCGAUUAUUUAGAACUGCUCCUUCUGGAAUAGUGUUUGAUCAUCAUAUGAAUAUGAUUCAAGGACCGAAGAAGAGACCAAGACUUGUUCCGUCUGAAGAGAUCGAUGAGAAAUCAUCAAAGUUCAGGAAGCGACUCCAAUCGGUAGUUGUGGAUGGAAACAAUAUCAUAGCUUCAGCAAGAGAAUCACAGAAAAGAUCAUUGGCUAGACGAGAAGCUAGACUUGCAGCAGCUAAAGCAUCUGCAGAAAACGAAGAAAAAAGAAUCGCCGAACUCAAAAAAGUGAGAGGCGAGAAGUGGUUACCUUCCAUAGCAAGGGAGAUGCAAAGGACUAAGAAAUGGGAGGAAAAACUACUUGGAAUAAAACACUGAAAUUUUAUGAUACUGAAAUUUGAUACAAUUGUUGGAUCUAUUUUCUAUAUAACUAAUUUAAGACUUUUAA